AUUUUUGAAAAUAAAAAACCAGACAGAGAGAGAAAGAAAGAGACAGGAAGAUAUAAAAACGAAUCGGCCAACGAAACGCCAUUUUUCCCCUCUGCUUCCUGCCUUCUUCCAUCUUCAUCUUCUGAUCAAAUCUUCCUUUCUUCUUCUUCUUGAUCCCGCUUUUCCUGCUCCCUACUACUUUUCUUUCAUUAAUCUGGGUGUGUUUUUCUUUUAUUUCAAUUUACCGUUCCUCUUCUUUUCUGCCAAGUUUCCCUUUUUGAUUUUGUCGUCGGUGUUGUACGUGUUCUCCGAUUCCCCGCCUCACGCUUCACAAUGUCUCCGGCGGUGUCCGUUUUCCUCCUCCUGCUAUCCCUCCGGCUCGCUUCGUCGCCGGUAGCAUCGGCUUCCACGACCUGCCCUGUUGAAUCGGUUAUGUUGAUUUACAAUCUUCAAUCUCAAUGCCAUCCUUCGAUCUCCUCCAAUCCCCCUCUCCAGGUGGAUGGGAACUUUCUUGAGAGAGCUUUAAAGUCGGAGUGGACAAAUGCUUACUCUUCUGUGCUCUUCUAUGCUUCCUGGUGCCCCUUCUCCCGAAGCAUGCUUCCUAAAUUCGAAAUACUUGCUGCCAUGUUCCCUGAGAUACAGCAUUUGGCUGUUGAAGAGUCUUCGGUUCUCCCAAGUAUAUUUUCCAGAUUCGGGAUCCACAGCUUGCCUGCAAUGUUGAUGGUUAACCGGACCACAAAAGUGCGAUACGGAGGGCCAAAGGAUCUUCAGUCCCUUGUGCAGUUUUAUGUCAAAGCAACAGGACUUGAGCCAGUGCAAUAUUUGACUGAAGGUCAGGCAACACAUUCACCAAAUGAUGAAAAUAGCAUUAUUCUAAAGCCCUGGGAUGGGUCACCAAUGGAAAAUAUACUGAAAAGGGAGCCUUACUUGGCAUUCUCGAUCUUGUUCCUCUUCAUCCGGUUGGCAUUAUUUCUAUCUCCUAAACUGUUGUCUCGCCUAAAGACAUUCUGUACCUCCAAGAUUCCCCAUCUCAACUUGGGAAUAUUCGGCGAGACAAGCAGCCAACUGUUUGGCCACAUCCUCCACUUGGUAGAUGUGAGGCGGGUUUGGACCAAACUUAGACUGUGCAAGACCAGGAAUUUCCAUGAGGGGGCAAAGAACUGUAGGGUCUGGGCUUCUUCCUUGGCAUCGGUUUCUCUGGGGGAAUCUUCAUCUUCAGCUAGGUCGUGAAACGUCAGAGGAAAGAGUACCCUAAUUCUUACUAUGGGAGCUGAAAUUCGAGGUUUAGGAGAAAGAGCUAUUCGCAUCCUUGCUGAGAUGGUAUCUGUUCCAGUGAGCUGAGAUAAGUAGCCUCUCUUCUCUCUCUCUCUAUCUGUCUUAAAUCUCGCCCCCUCUUUUCCGAAGUCUCUCCAAUCUUACUUUACUCAAUGGGGGAAGAAGCUAAUGAGUGAUCGAUAAUAGGUUUCUUUCAAGUGAUGUUGUACUUGCUUGUUUUCAUGUUAUUUCUCCCAUGUUGUUCUUCUGGGUCAUUUCUGGGUUUUUAGAGGAAACAAAGAACAAGCAAUGUAAAUUGAGAACGCAAGAAGAAGCUUUGCUUGCUUAGCUAGCUAGAUCGCUCCUCCCCUCCAUUUUGUGUAUAUUACUUCUUUCCCUUCUUUUUUCUGUUUUGACUUUUUGUAGAAGAAGAAUCUCUUACACAUGUGGAAUGUAAGCACGUUUUGCUCCCCUUUUCGCCUCCAUGCCCCUCUGUUAAUCUCUCUUGUGUUGUCUUGUUCUUUGCUAAUGUUAAUGUGGUAGAUUGGUGUUGCCAUCAUCCUGCUGGGAUUCUCUGGCUGAUAGCGUUUUGGUUCAUUUCAGCUGACGUUUUGGGGAUUGUGGAUGAGUAUUGUAGUAGAGCCGUCUUCCUAAUAAUGCAAACUGCAACCGUUUUGGGAUUGAUAUGUUUGGUACUAGUUGCAGAUCCAGGACCAUUGUAUAAAAGUGACAAGAGUAGGUUACUGUAAUGCUAAUUCAUUAAUGCCUGCUUUCUGAUUUCUUGACACUUUUGUGUUGGCUU